UGCGCUUCCCACAUAGCAGCAUCAAAACUUCACUAUCGGUAGUUGGCAUCAAAAAGUCUCGACUAAGGUGACUCUCAGUCACAUUUCACCCCGGUGCCGGUGGUAGUUCUCAGCGUGCCGCCGCUGCCAGAAAGUGAUGCCGUAAAACACGGAAAACUAGCGCCGUCCGAGAAAUCCGGCUUUGAGAAAAAAUCCUAUUGUGUUCACGGUGCAAUUUGGUCAAAAGUUCUGUCUCUCUCUCGGCGCCACUUCAAUGACCAUUGUGCAGUGACGACCACGAAAGGAUGCAGAAUCAGGAGUCACAGAUGCCACACAUACCAGUUCCACCGUCAAAGAUGCCGGCUUCUUCAAGCCGCAUUCUUUAUGAUAUACCUUGUAAGGUAUGUCGAGAUCAUUCUUCGGGAAAGCAUUACGGCAUAUUUGCCUGCGACGGAUGUGCCGGUUUCUUCAAACGGUCGAUUAGAAGGAAUCGCCAGUACGUGUGCAAAGCGAAGUCCGAGGGGGGUUGUAUGGUGGACAAGACGCAUCGGAAUCAAUGUCGUGCCUGCCGAUUGGCAAAAUGCAUUCAGGCCGGCAUGAACAAAGACGCUGUGCAACACGAACGAGGCCCUCGGAACUCGACACUUCGUAGACAAAUGGCACUGUACUUUAAGGAACCUGAAAUUAUGAAUAGCAUGGUAGCACCGCCGCCAACGGCUUUAGAUCUUGUUCUGCCUAAAGCGCCAUCGGAACCGCGCGUCUCCAUGCCUGGACCAUCACCCCAUCCUUCUCUUCCGCAUCCAGCGUAUUGUAACGCAUUGACAGUGUCAAAAAUACCAUCAAAUAUCCCGAAUCUGCAGUUGCCGUUUAUACCCUCGAUCAACCCUGAGGCUAUAUGCGAGCAGGCCGCGAGGUUACUCUUCCUAAAUGUACACUGGGCGCGAGAUUUGGUGUCGGGAACGAGUCUCGUAAUGGAGGACCAGCUGACGUUGCUCGAGUCAUCGUGGCGCGAGCUUUUUCUGCUGGCUGCUGCGCAAAUGAUACCGACUUUAGACCCUACGCCCUUGUUACCACCGAGUAUGCUACCGCAGAGUAUCAGCCUCAUGAUCGAGGUGAACCGUUUCCGCGAGACUCUAGCCGGCUUCCAUGCGAUGAACCUAGAUCAACACGAGUUUGCCUGCAUCAGAGCGAUAGUGCUCUUCAAAGCAGGUCUGGACAGUGAACCGGUAUCCAGCAGUAGGAGCACCAGUAGUAACUCACCUAGUCCCGGAAGUCGGCUCAGAGAUGCAGUUGGCGUCGCCCGGCUUAUGGACAGCGCUCAAUUGGCUUUAGGACAACGACUCAGCGGGGCGUCGUACGGUACCCUCAGGCUUAACAAGCUGCUACUGCUAUUACCUACUCUGCGCUCAGUAUCUGCACACGCUAUCGAGGAGCUUUUCUUUAGAACAACUAUUGGCGUGAUCCCGAUCGAAAGGAUCAUUUGCGACGUGUACAAAGCAUCUUAAUGCAACAGACCCGUCCCGACAAAGCAAUAUGAAACUUGAGGAAAGCAUUUACUUGUUAUGUUUUUGUUCUAGCUUAAGAUUUUUUUUUUAAUAUUCAAUAUUAAUUCUUUCUUAUAUAAAUAAAAUGUUGAGUACUUUAUUUAUAUAAGAGACAUUUUUGAUAAGAAUUUAGAAAACUAAAAUCCAAUUUUGAUAAGUUUUACAAAUGUGUAAUAGUAAAUAAAUGUAUCGAAUCCAUAAAGAAAUUGUAGAAAUUGCUUAGUUUUCGAAAUAUUCAAAUUUUAUUUAUUGAGCAUAAUUAA